AUGAGUCAUGCGCAUUCUCAUACCGGUUCCGGUAGUAGAACUACUCGACGAGCUUUCGAGUUCGGGAAGACACAUGUCGUGAGACCUAAGGGAAAACACCAAGCUACUAUAGUUUGGUUGCAUGGACUUGGUGAUAAUGGUUUGAGCUCAUCUCAAUUGUUGGAAUCACUUCCACUUCCAAAUAUAAAAUGGAUUUGUCCUACUGCUCCUACUCGUCCUGUGGCGAUACUCGGCGGUUUUCCCUGCACUGCAUGGUUUGAUGUGGGAGAACUUUCAGAAGAUGGUCCAGAUGAUUGGGAAGGUUUGGAUGCUUCAGCAGCACAUAUUGCUAACUUGCUGUCAACAGAGCCAGCUGAUGUGAAAGUUGGUAUUGGAGGGUUCAGCAUGGGUGCAGCAAUAGCAUUAUAUUCUUCAACUUGUUAUGCCAUGGGAAGGUAUGGAAAUGGCAUCCCAUAUCCUGUCUGUUUAAGAGCAGUUGUUGGACUCAGUGGUUGGCUUCCAGGAUCAAGGAGCUUAGGGAACAAGAUAGAAGUGUCACAUGAAUCACGAAGGCGAGCUGCUUCGUUACCGAUUUUACUAUGCCAUGGAAUCAGUGAUGAUGUAGUACACUGCAAGUAUGGAGAGAAAUCUGCACAAUCCUUAAGCUCAGCCGGUUUUCGAUAUAUAGCAUUCAAAUCCUAUGAAGGGCUUGGUCAUUACACAGUUCCAAGAGAGAUGGAUGAGGUUUCCAACUGGCUUAGUUCAAGGCUGGGGCUUGAAGGAUUCUCAUCUUAA